AAGAGGGUGGCGGAGUUCGGCAGGUCGGCUUGCUUGGUUCCCGCGGCGCGAGCCGUGCGGAGGUCCCUUUCUGCGGCCGCCGUCUUCAAGGCCGCGGAGCUUAGAGAGGCCUUAAGCUGGGUCCGCGGAAUCGGUGGCAUCGACCCGGCCCUUGACGUCCUUGGGGAGUCGCUCUUUUGCUGGGUCUCAGGCGGCGGCCGGAGCACCUCUGCCUCUCGGACCUCCCUUCCUGCGUCCCCGGUGACGGACGAAAAGUUCUCUUGGAAUUUUGAUUCACCGAGUGACCUUGAGCUCAGGGCGACGCCUGCCUUGUAGUUUGUGGCUGCACUCCCCUACUCAGGAACUUUGUGAGAAUUUCAGUAUAUGGAAACACCGCCCUUGUUCCAACUGUUGUCUAUCCAAAGGUCUCACUAUAAUACCAGGACCAAAGUGUUGCAUGUCAGGCAGUCAGCCAGCCACAUACUUAAUGACUCCUAAAAUCUCAUGGACUUCUAAAGAAAGGACAACUAUAUAUGGCAGUGUAAUAUGUUAAAUGUGACCAUCUGAGACAAAUACUCAAAAAUUGGCAGAGGACAACAGAAUGGAGGUGUCAUGGCCUGUGCUGCUGUCUUGGUCCCUGGGUUGUUGCGAAGCUCUUCUGGAACCAUCUGCAGUCCGGCUGCUUCACUGAGACUGACAACCAGCGCUUUGCGCCACCUUACUCUGACAAGCAUAAUGAAAUCCAAAAGGAAAACUGAUCACUUGGAGAGAACUGCCAGUGUCGUUCGUCGGGAGGUCGUGUCAGCUGCUAAGGUGUGUGGGGCUGCGAAGGAGUCGCCAUCUGUGAAGAGGCUCCGCCUGCUUGUUGAGGAUAAAGACUUUUCUUUUAAAGCUGGCCAGUGGGUUGAUUUCUUUAUCCCAGGAGUCUCAGUGGUUGGUGGGUUCUCAAUAUGCUCCAGUCCCAGACUGCUGGAAGAAGAGAGAAUGAUAGAAUUGGCAGUGAAAUAUACAAACCACCCUCCUGCUCUCUGGAUUCACAAUCAGUGUACACUGGACUCGGAAGUGGCCGUGAGAGUGGGCGGAGAGUUCUUCUUUGACCCACAGCCUGCAGAUGCCCCCAGAAACCUCGUGUUGAUUGCAGGGGGAGUCGGAAUUAACCCUCUGCUCUCCAUCCUGCGGCAUGCGGCCGACCUGCAUAGAGAAUGGGCAGACAAAGGAGGCGGCUAUGAGAUGGGGACGAUAAAGCUCUUCUACAGUGCCCAAAACACCAGUGAGCUCCUGUUUAAGAAAAAUAUCCUCGAUUUAGUAAAUGAAUUUCCUGAGAAGAUUGCGUGCCGUUUGCAUGUUACAAAACAGACAACACAAAUCAGUGCAGAACUCAAGCCAUACAUCACGGAAGGAAGAAUAACGGAAAAGGAGAUAAGUGAUCAUGUUUCGAAAGAGACUUUGUUCUAUAUUUGUGGCCCACCUCCAAUGACAGACUUUUUCUCCAAGCAACUGGAAAACAGCCAUGUACCCCCAGAACACAUUUGCUUUGAGAAGUGGUGGUAGGGAGCGGGCAAAGGUAGAAAAGAGAAAGGUGCAAAGUCUCCUCAGGAUAGCAACAGAGACAGGAUUUGUGGCGCGACGGAUUUACCCCUACUCAGCUUUGCUUUUUUUUUUUUUUUUUAAGGCUGAACUAAGUGACCAGAUGGAGUGUAAAAGAAAAAAAACCAGCUGACAGACUUAGAUGAUAAAUUUUUUACAAAGACUUCAUUGAUUAAAUUAUUUUUUACUUUAUUGAUUUUCUUUUAUUAAUAACUGAUUGUCUCAUGAUGUAUCUUGAGUUUCUUUCCUCUUAGGGAAAAAGGAGACAGAGACUUAAAUUAAUCAUAUAAAAUGUUUUGUGUGUAAAAUGUAAGCUCUCUUUAUUUGAUAGCAACCUUUGUAUCUUAUGCUCAAUAAACUUAAAAUUUAAACAAGUUCCUA